GACGCGAGACGUUCCGGGUAGGCGUGCAGCUCGUGCAGAUGAAGACAGUUUGAGUAAACAUUAUGCUCCUGCACGUGAUUUUUGUGUGGCUCGUGUUUAACGUAACACCGACCAUCGGCGCUGGCAACAUUACCACCAAAGAGCGUGAUCUUCUUAAUCGUCUGCUCGACCCGGACACCUAUGAUGCAACGAUUCGCCCAAGAGAUGAUUCAGGGGAAGCAACUCGAGUGGAACUGGACCUGACUCUAACAUCACUGGGCCCAGUCAACGACAUCAAUAUGGAAUUCAGUGCAAGUUUUUUCCUCCGACAGUCUUGGCGUGAUCAUCGCCUGGCUUACGACGACUUGAACUCCAGCAUCGUCAUCAGCGAGAAACGCCUGGACUCACUGUGGGUGCCAGACCUUUACUUCCCCCAGUCGAAACGGGAGAGCAGACAUGUCAUUACCAUCCCCAAUGUCAUGAUUCGUCUAUCUCCGGACGGAUCUGUCUUGUACUCGCAAAGGUUGUCAGUAACCUUUGAUUGUCACAUGGACCUUCACAAGUUUCCACUGGACAAACAAACCUGUCAGGUUGACAUGGAAAGCUAUAGUUUCACGUCGGACGAUCUAUACUUUGCUUUCUCAUCUACGAGGGUUCCUGUGCAGAAGAGCAAAGGAGCAGAUAUUCCUGAUUUUACCAUCACAGAAAUCACACACACUGACUGCUCGGUCACAUACGCUACAGGAACAUUUACAUGUUUGAGAGCAAUCCUCCACCUGAAACGAGAGAUCGGCUUCUACGCCACACAGACCUACGUUCCCAGCAUCCUCAUCGUCGUCCUGUCCUGGGCCUCGUUCUGGAUCGACCACGAGGCAGUUCCCGCCAGAAUCUCCGUGGGGCUCCUUACAGUGCUGACCAUCACUUCCCAGAGUUCUGGUGCGCGCGCACAACUUCCCAGGGUUCCCUACGUAAAGGGUAUCGACGUGUGGAUGACGUCGUGCCUGGUGUUCGUGUUUGCCGCCUACAUGGAGUAUGCUGUCGUCACGGUGCUGUCUAGACAACACAAGAAGGGGGAGAAAUACAACUCAAAAGCUUCCAACAACUCAAGUUUCACCGACACUGAUCCGUCGAAACCGUCCACCUUCGACGACAGCAGUAGCGGCAGCAAUGGUGCGCUCAAACAAGUCAAAGAUGCUGGGAAGAGGGUGGACACGAUUUCACGAUACGGAUUCCCCUUGUCCUUCCUCAUAUUCAACAUCGUGUACUUCGUGUACUAUAUUUACGUCGACUGAUUGCGCCGUACACCUGGGUUUUCAAACUAGACUGCCUGGUAGAAGAAAGUAUACCCUAUUGCUUGAUGCAGGCUUAAACUGGAACGCACAUCUCUGGUGAUUCUACCACGAUGAAUUUCAGGGCUGGCUAAAAUUAUCAAUCAUUGGAAAUAUUGUCGUUAGGAAAAUAUUAAUAAUUAUCGAUAUGAAAAUUGCCCCAUCGAUAAUAGCGUUCAAUAACUUUUUGUGAUAGAACUUUUCAUUUUCUCACACAAAAUACAAACUUUGGACUUUAUUCAUGGUCUGCUUCUAAAUUAUAUUCAGGGUGCUGUUUUGUUGAAAAUUUAUGCAUAAACUUGCCACAACUCACCACUGAUGUGAAGUAUAGUUAUUUAUUUCAUUUGUCAUUUUUGCUCAAAGUUACGUCUCCGAUAUUUAUCUAUAAUCGAUUGAUAUUUAUUUAACGAUUAUCGAUCUCUAUUAGCACUAUCGAUA